GGCUUUCACUUCACGGUGGACGGCACCAAACGGUCAUCUGCUAAAGUUUCAGACUCAAUUUCGGCUCAGUAUCCAGUCGUGGAUCAUGAAUUUGACGCAGUUGUCGUCGGCGCUGGUGGGGCAGGUCUGCGAGCUGCAUUUGGCCUUUCGGAAGCAGGCUUCACUACAGCCUGCAUUACAAAGCUCUUCCCCACCAGGUCGCACACAGUCGCAGCCCAGGGGGGCAUCAAUGCUGCUCUGGGCAACAUGGAGGAGGACAACUGGAGAUGGCAUUUCUACGACACUGUGAAGGGAUCCGACUGGCUGGGGGACCAGGAUGCCAUUCACUACAUGACAGAGCAGGCCCCCGCUUCAGUGGUCGAGCUGGAAAAUUACGGCAUGCCGUUUAGCAGAACGGAAGAUGGGAAGAUUUACCAGCGCGCAUUUGGUGGACAGAGCCUCAAGUUUGGGAAGGGCGGGCAGGCCCACCGGUGCUGCUGUGUGGCUGACCGGACUGGCCACUCACUACUGCACACCCUGUAUGGCCGGUCUCUGAGAUACGACACCAGCUAUUUUGUUGAGUAUUUUGCCUUGGACCUUCUGAUGGAGAACGGGGAGUGUUGUGGGGUCAUUGCACUGUGCAUAGAAGACGGCUCCAUUCAUCGCAUACGUGCCAAGAACACUGUCAUUGCUACCGGGGGCUACGGGCGCACCUAUUUCAGCUGCACAUCUGCCCACACCAGCACCGGCGACGGGACGGCCAUGGUCACCAGAGCGGGCCUGCCUUGCCAAGACCUGGAGUUUGUCCAGUUUCACCCCACGGGCAUCUACGGUGCUGGCUGCCUCAUCACAGAAGGCUGCCGUGGAGAGGGAGGGAUCUUGAUUAACAGUCAGGGCGAGCGCUUCAUGGAAAGAUACGCCCCUGUCGCUAAGGACCUGGCCUCCAGAGAUGUCGUGUCUCGCUCCAUGACACUGGAAAUCCGGGAAGGCAGGGGCUGUGGCCCUGAGAAGGACCACGUCUACCUGCAGCUGCACCACCUGCCCCCUGAGCAGCUGGCCACACGCCUGCCGGGCAUCUCCGAGACAGCCAUGAUCUUCGCGGGCGUGGAUGUCAACAAGGAGCCCAUUCCUGUGCUUCCCACGGUGCACUACAACAUGGGCGGUAUCCCCACCAACUUCCGGGGCCAGGUUCUGAAGCACGUGAAUGGGCAGGACCAGGUCGUGCCCGGCCUGUACGCCUGUGGGGAGGCAGCCUGCGCCUCGGUGCAUGGUGCCAACCGCCUCGGGGCAAACUCUCUCCUGGACCUGGUUGUCUUCGGCCGUGCGUGCGCCCUGAGUAUCGCAGAGUUCUGCAAACCCGGAGAUAAAAUUCCCCCGAUUAAAGCGAAUGCUGGGGAAGCAUCUGUCAUGAAUCUGGACAAGCUGAGAUUUGCAAAUGGAAACAUAAGGACUUCAGAGCUUCGGCUCAACAUGCAGAAGUCGAUGCAGAGCCACGCGGCGGUCUUCCGCCUGGGCAACGUGCUGCAGGAGGGCUGCGAGAAGAUCAGCCGGCUCUACGGGGACCUGCAGCACCUCCGGACCUUUGACAGAGGGAUGGUGUGGAACACCGACCUGGUGGAGACCCUGGAGCUACAGAACCUGAUGCUGUGUGCACUGCAGACCAUUUACGGGGCUGAGGCGCGGAAGGAGUCUCGUGGGGCCCAUGCCAGGGAGGACUACAAGGUGCGGGUUGAUGAGUACGAUUACUCUAAGCCCAUUCAGGGGCAGCAGAAGAAACCGUUUACAGAGCAUUGGAGAAAACACACUCUCUCCUACGUCGAUGUCAAGACCGGGAAGGUCACUCUGGAAUACAGACCCGUGAUUGACAAAACUUUAAAUGAAACUGAUUGUGCCACAGUCCCCCCUGCUAUUCGCUCCUACUGA